AUGCAUUAUUUUCCUGUUGCGAUAGUAACAGGUGCCACAAGGGGUAUAGGCAAAGCAAUAUGUCAAAAGUUAUCUCAAAAAGGUUUAAGUUGCAUUAUGCUGGGGUCCACUAAAGAAAGUAUAAAACACACCGCGAUAGGUAAAGAUUAUUUACGAUCGGCAUCAUCAUAUCAACGGCACUGUGCAAUGGCAAUUGAUUUUAAGAAAUGGCCUCACUGGUGUGAUUAUGAGUCAUAUGACGGUAUCGAAUAUUUCAAAGAUAAACCGCCCUUGAAAUUGAAAUACUCCUCAAUGUUUGACCCAUGUAAUAAGUGGUCAAAUAAUGAGUAUCGUUACCAUCUAAACUUACUGAUCAAUUGCGCAGGCUUGACUCAAGAAUCAUUAAGUAUAAGAACCACUUCUUCCGAAAUUCAAGAUAUAAUGAAUGUUAACUUCUUAAGUCCUGUGACAAUGACAAACCUCUGUAUCAAGUAUAUAAUGAAAUCCCAAAGAAAGUGGCCGGAACUCUCCCGUCAAUGCGCCCGACCCACUAUUAUAAACAUUUCUUCCAUCUUACACUCCGGGGAAAUGAAGGUUCCAGGUACAUCUGUUUACUCCGCCUCCAAAGCCGCACUGUCCCGAUUCACAGAAGUUUUAGCUGCAGAAAUGGAACCAAGAAAUAUUAGCUGUUUUACGAUAUCUCCAGGUUUGGUCAAGGGUACCGAUAUGAUCCGGAAUUUGCCAGAGGCAUCUAAAGAGGCGCUGGAGAAUGCUAUUGGCACACAAAACACAACUACACCUGCUGAAGUGGCGGAAGAAGUCUGGUCUUUAUACAAUAGAACUGCCUUGGAUAGGUAA